UGCUCUUUUUUUUCAGUCUGAUCUGUGUGCAGGAUGAAGACAAACAUCUGUGCACCGAGUCAAAGCAGUCAGUCUGUCCUCUGCCGAUGAUGAAGUCAUGUUUUCCACCGUUAAAGAGAAGAACUGGAGUGUGGAGGAAAAUUCAAAGCUCAGCUUGAGGCUCACCUACAUGUUCUCCUACAAUCUGUUCCAGUUCUGCUGUCAUACAUGGAUCCUGGCCAACACCAUAGCACGUUUCCUCACAUUCGGGCGAGACGCUUUAGCAGACACCUUUCACUCGGUUGGCUUCGUGAUGAGUCUCUGCCAGCUUCUGACCAUCCUCGAGCUUUUCCACAUCGCAGACGGCAUCGAGAAAGCCAAACUUCUUCCUCGCUUUGUCCAAGUUCUAGAAAAGAAUCUCCUGCUGAUCCUGAUCAUCGUGCUGGAGGAGAUCCAGAGCAAACCGGCGGUGUGCCUUGUCUUCUUCUUCUGGAACAUUCAGGACCUCCUACGGUACCCACAUGAACUGUUGUGCACUCUGAACUCGCCGUUCGUGGCCACGCUUUGGGCGCGCUACACGCUCUGGAUCCCGGUCUACGUGGCAUCAGUCGCCACAGAAGGUGUCACCAUGUAUCAGGCUCUGCUACACGUUGACCCAAACGGACCGUACUCACACCUGCACCUGCCCUCGGUGCUGAUGGCCUUCUCACCUCUGCUCGCCGUCGGAGCUGCUGUAGCAGUUUGGCAGCUGCUGAAGGAGAGACAACAACACCUGGACAGGUGGAGCAAGAAGCUGAAACGAAAGUGAACCCGGUCCAGAGUCCGAAAAAUGAGCCUGCGAGACCACAUCAGUCUGUCACCAACACCUUUUACCCGAUGCCCGGCUUGGGUUGGGCCACCCUAUGGGGUCAAAGGUCAAAGAGAGUCCAUGAAAGACAUUAUUGGUCCAUCUGUUGGUCCAUCUGCAGCUGGAUUUUGUCCUGCAGCUGUCAUGUCGAGGUCACACUUGGGAGGACUUUGUCUUAAAGCAACAUCUGAUCGUAACCAUCACCGCACUCAGCGCCAGCAGUCACGUGACGCCUGUUUUAGGACUGAAGGCCAGGGAUGUCCCUGAGCAAUGACACAAUGUCGCUGCACCAUCACACAGAUUUUCAAAUUCAGGCUGUUCCCUCUCUGUUGUCCCGGGUAAUGUUUUUUUAAACAUAGUAACGAGUUUUUCAGCUUUCUCUGACCGCGGGCGGAGGUCGUUGGUGAAAACAUCACUCAGUGGAGUGUACGUGAGCGCAGCCUGUGAAAAACAAGACCGUGGAGUGUGACACUAAAACAUUUUGACAUUUGAAUAGCUGUAAAUAAAUGUGGAAAAGACACAUUUUUGUGUUUAAU